UAGACCCCCCUCCCUGAGCUGGGGAGUAAACCCAAGAAUCCUGGCUCCCAACCCGCCCCCCGAGAUCACAAGACCUUUGCAGAACCAGUCAAACCCACAUUCUACCUGUGCCGCAUUCCUGCCAGGGAGAGAAGCUGGCGGAGUGGAAGAACCAGACAGUUAAGCAAGAGAAGAGGAUGUUUACUUGGACCCUCUCCAGCCCCUGGGGGAUGCUCCUCCCUCUCCACCCACGCCCUGCGUAAAGGAGAAGGAGUUGCCUGAGCAAAGAGAAAGGAGCCAUGGAAGGCCGGGGACCGGUGGCAGAGUUGCAGCGCUCCAUCAUCUGCCCUAUCUGCGGGUGUCCCUUCAAGGACCCGGUGCUGCUGGACUGUGACCACAGCUAUUGCCGAGCCUGCAUCACGGGCCAGUGGGAGCGGGAGGGGGCGGGGGUGUUGUCCUGCCCCCAGUGCCAGCAGGUCUUCGAGCGGCGCAGCCUGCGUACCCACGUCAAACUGGCCGUGGAGGUCAAGAUCGCCCAGAACCUCAACGCCAAGACGGCCCAGGAGGCCCUGGUGACCAAACCCCGCCGGCGGCGCGGCGGCUGGAUCCCGGUGUCGGUCAUGCCAGAGGGGCAGGGUGUCAGGAAAAUCUGCAGAUAGUGAGUGCCCCUUUCUUCUCCUGCAUGGUCUAACGUGACACCAUACCCUCCACAAACCGUCCACUCUGACCCAAGCCUCUCGGACAAUAUCAGGACCGUCCACCUGGGCCUUGGAGAGCAGCCCUGGCUCCCAGACAACGUGCUCCAGAGCCAUGCCAGGCGGCCAGGGUGUCUCCUCCAGCCACGUGCAGCAGAGCUCGGGCGUGGCACAUACAGUGACCCCCUGCAGAUAGGACUCAGCCCCGCGCCCGCAGGGGUCACCCUUCCGGGGGACAGGGACAAGCUGAAUGUUGAUGGACCAGCCUUGGGGACAGAUGCAGAAAUGUCUUCCCCCUAAGAACAAAAGUGGGACUCACUGGCCCAUCUUAUGGAGCACAGCUAGGAAGAACCAUCUGGGCCUAACGAUUGGAGCCGGCGCCCCAUGUCCCAUUCCCCCUGCUGCGAGCCAGCUGGUCUCCCUGUCCUGGGCCAGAUUGGAUCCUGGGACAAGAUUAGAGCCAAUUCCCCAUAGAGGGGAAAGUUUCCAUGUCCCAUUCCCUGCCCCCCUGAGCCAGCCAGCCCCACAACCCUGGGCCAGACCAGAGCCAGCGAGGGGAAAGGCCCUGUAUCCUAAUCCCCGAACCAGCCAGUCCCCCCCACUUGGGGCCAGAUGAGGUUGUCCCGUAUCCCGUUCUCCUACCCCACUAAGUAUUUUCAUGCCGUCUGCUCUCUCGUCUCAUCAGAGUUUUCCCCGCCACUCUCCUCUGCAGAAAUGUUGUAUUCUUGUGUGGCUGCCCCUGGAUUUUGUAUUUAGUCCAGUGCAAGCCUCUACUGUGAUGAAU